GUUACGUGUUUGAUUCCAGGGCUUCUGGUCGUGCACAUACACACCGUUGGUUGUGCACGUAGUGAGUGCUUAGAUUUACUCUGCGAGAAGAUCUCAGUGCGCAUGCGCAGCGUAGCCAUCUGAGGGCUGAGUGCUGUGUGCUGUGGGCGCCUCGCGUUGCCUGCACCGAGGCCAGCGCUGUUUCUCGGACUGCUACACGGACAGUCUCCUGCCAGACUGAAACAGUUUCUCAGACGGAGAGUUGCCACCGAGACGACCCGGAGCUUUGGCGGUUUGCUCGCGGUGAGAUUUCUCCUGAAAUGUAGCCAGCAGUGUGAGUGUGGUUUUCUGUAAUCGGUCCCCGCAUGGCUCUUCUUAGGGAUGCCAUGAAAAUCCUAACAACCGACUGAGAGACCGCUGCUCCUCACUAUCACAGACACGGCGGCGGCAGGGGUGGUGAGCGAUGGAUUGUGGUGGAAACAUCCACAGUAGGUAGCGUUUACGAAGACCCAAGGAAAGCUAAACGUCUCUGCUGCACAGUGUAGCCGCCGCCGGAGCCUCGUAAGGAUGGAUUUCAACCUGCUCCGGAAUAUCAUCACCAGAUACUGUGUCGGGGAGGAGAACUGGGUGGACAGUCGGACAGUGUACCUCGGGCAUAAAGAACCUCCUCCGGGAGCUGAGGCCUACAUCCCUCAGCGUUUCCCCGACAACCGCAUCGUGUCCUCCAAGUAUACCUUCUGGAACUUCAUUCCCAAGAACCUGUUUGAGCAGUUCAGAAGAAUCGCCAACUUCUACUUCUUGGGUAUAUUUUUGGUUCAGCUUAUCAUUGACACCCCCACCAGCCCAGUCACCAGCGGCCUGCCCCUCUUCUUUGUUAUCACCGUCACAGCCAUAAAACAGGGCUAUGAGGACUGGCUCAGACACAAAGCCGACUGCUCUUUAAAUGAAUGUCCGGCGGAUGUGGUACAGCGGGGGAAGGUGGUGAGAACACAGAGUCACAAGCUACGGGUGGGAGACAUCGUCAUGGUGAGGGAGGAUGAGACUUUCCCCUGUGACCUCAUCCUGCUGUCCUCCAGUCGUCCUGAUGGGACCUGCUAUGUUACCACUACCAGCCUGGACGGGGAGUCGAGUCACAAGACCUAUUAUGCUGUACCAGACACCAUGGCCUUUAGAACAGAGCGGGAGGUGGAUUCGCUACAUGCCACUAUUGAAUGUGAACAACCACAGCCUGACCUCUACAAAUUUGUGGGGCGCAUAAGUAUUUACAGGGGCAGAGAAGAACCUGUGGCCAGACCACUUGGGGCUGAGAACUUGUUGCUUAGAGGGGCCACACUGAAGAACACGCAGCAUAUUUAUGCUGUUGCAGUCUAUACAGGCAUGGAGACCAAGAUGGCACUUAAUUACCAGUCUAAAUCUCAAAAGCGCUCUGCUGUGGAAAAGUCAAUGAAUGCCUUUCUGAUAGUGUAUCUCUGCAUCUUGAUCAGUAAAGCUGUGAUCAACACUGUUCUGAAAUAUGCUUGGCAGUGGUCUCCUGACCGAGACGAACCCUGGUACAACCAUAGAACUGAGAAUGAGCGCCAGCGCCAUGUGGUGAUCCGAGCAUUGACAGACUUCCUGGCUUUUAUGGUCUUGUUUAAUUACAUCAUCCCAGUUUCUAUGUAUGUGACGGUAGAGAUGCAGAAAUUCCUCGGCUCCUAUUUCAUCACCUGGGAUGAGGAGAUGUUUGAUGAAGAGCUAGGCGAGGGUGCUCAGGUCAACACCUCUGACCUGAACGAAGAGCUGGGACAGGUUGAGUAUGUGUUUACUGAUAAGACUGGCACCCUGACUGAGAACAACAUGGAGUUUAUUGAAUGCUGUGUUGAUGGGAACGUUUAUAUCCCACAUGCCAUCUGCAACGGCCAAAUCCUCAGUGCUGCUUCCAGUAUAGACAUGAUCGAUUCCUCACCUGGUGGAUACAGAAGAGAACAUGAGGACCUGUUUUUCAGAGCGCUGUGUCUAUGCCACACAGUACAGGUGAAGGAAGAGGUGACAGUGGAUGGCAUCAAGAGAGGCCUCCACCAGGGCAGACCCACCUCUUUCUACAUCUCCUCCUCACCAGAUGAGGUGGCUUUGGUGGAAGGAAUGAAAAGGCUGGGUUAUACCUAUCUGAGAUUGAAAGACAACUACAUGGAGAUUCUCAACAAGGAUGAUGAGAUUGAAAGGUUUGAGCUGCUCCAUGUACUGAACUUUGACUCUGUGAGGAGGAGAAUGAGCGUCAUAGUGAAGUCGAGUUCAGGAGAAUAUCUGCUCUUCUGUAAGGGCGCAGACUCGUCCAUAUUUCCACGGGUUGUGUCCGGGAAGGUGGAGCAAGUGAAAGCCCGGGUGGAACAAAAUGCUGUAGAGGGGCUACGGACUCUGUGCGUUGCCUAUCGGAGGUUGUUGGAAUCUGAAUAUGAGGAGGCAUGUCAUCACCUGUCUGAAGCCAAGCUCGCCUUACAGGACAGGGAGCACAGGCUGGCGCAGGCCUAUGACAUCAUCGAGAGGGACUUUGUGCUUCUGGGGGCUACAGCAGUCGAGGACAGGCUCCAGGAGAAAGCUGCAGACACCAUUGAGUCGCUGCAUAAAGCUGGGAUGAAAGUUUGGGUCCUGACGGGAGACAAAAUGGAGACAGCGGCAGCUACCUGCUACGCCAGCAAGCUGUUCCGCCGUAGCACGCAGAUCCUGGAGCUGACCAAGAAACGCACAGAAGAGCAGAGUUUGCACGAUGUUCUGUUCGAACUAAACAGAACUGUUCUCAGACAAUGCUCUAUUUCUGGGUUGUCCAUAGACUGCCUUGACUUUGGACUGAUCAUCGAUGGGGCUACUCUGUCUGCAGUACUGAAGCCUAACCAGGAUGGUACUGGCCACAGCAACUACAGAGAGAUCUUUCUAGAGAUCUGUCGCAACUGUAGCGCUGUGCUCUGCUGCCGCAUGGCACCGCUGCAGAAAGCACAGAUUGUGAAGCUAAUUAAAGCUUCCAAAGAGCAUCCCAUAACCCUCGCCAUUGGUGAUGGUGCCAACGAUGUCAGUAUGAUCUUGGAAGCACAUGUGGGCAUCGGCAUCAUGGGUAAAGAAGGUCGACAGGCAGCAAGAAACAGCGACUAUGCUAUCCCAAAGUUUAAGCACCUGAAGAAGAUGUUACUUGUUCAUGGCCAUUACUACUACAUCCGCAUUGCUGAGCUUGUUCAGUACUUCUUCUACAAGAAUGUAUGCUUCAUCUUCCCUCAGUUCUUGUACCAGUUCUUCUGUGGAUUCUCCCAGCAGCCUCUAUACGACACCGCCUAUUUGACAUUGUACAACAUCAGCUUCACCUCACUCCCCAUCCUCCUCUACAGCCUGGUUGAGCAGCAUGUCACCGUGGAGACACUGAAGAGGGAGCCCGUCUUAUACAGGGACAUAGCGAAAAACUCCCUCCUACGUUGGCCGGUCUUCCUGUACUGGACGUGCCUGGGUGUGUUGGAUGCUGUUAUCUUCUUCUUUGGUGCCUACUUUCUGUUUGACAACACCACCUUCACCAGCAAUGGCCAGCUUAUGACCACCAACACACAGAUGAUGUUUGGGAACUGGACCUUUGGGACUCUCGUCUUCACUGUGUUGGUGUUCACCGUUACACUCAAGCUUGCCUUGGACACACACCACUGGACCUGGAUCAAUCACUUUGUCAUCUGGGGAUCACUGCUUUUCUACGUUAUAUUCUCUCUCCUCUGGGGAGGCAUCAUUUGGCCCUUUCUAAACUACCAGAGGAUGUACUAUGUGUUCAUGCAAAUGCUGUCCAGUGGUCCGGCCUGGCUCAGUAUCAUCCUGCUUAUUAUGAUCAGCUUGCUGCCAGAUGUUGUAAAGAAGGUCCUCUGCAGGGCCAUGUGUCCUACAGCCACUGAACGUGCACAGGAUUAUGAGAAGCUUUUGCAGAGCGGCACGGCCGAGUUGACUCCACUGUCUUCUUGUCAUUCCUACAAAGGCACGAGCACGGACUCCUCUCACCGCCACCUUGGUGCUGUGGAGACGCUGUCACUCCGCAGGUCUGAUCCCCUGCCCCAGAAAUUACUGGCCCACUUGGCAGAAGGAGGAGGGGCAGACUUGUGGCCCAUCAGCCCCUACGUGCUCCGGCUUUCAGGGGCGGGAUUUGCUUACUAUGCUCCAGGGCCAGAGACCUCUGUGUGAACACAAACAGUCUGAAAUUAUGUGAAAGUGCAUCUCAAGAUACAGUAUGUGACCCAGAUCUGUAUCACAAGGAUCAAGGAUUUAUAGAACAAAAUACAAACAUGUUCAGACACACAAUGUGCAUUUUCUGGGCUACACCUGAGUGGACAACCUGUUAGAUACAAUUGCCCUGAUGCGUCACACUCUGGUGGCGUUUUCUGUUUCAGUGUAGUCUCUCAAUCUUCCUGCUAAAACUCUUACUUGAAAAGUGUAAGAUCAGAAGGGGAACCAUGUGUGUCGGUGCAUUGUCUCUUGCACUAUAGAGAUGUCCUGUUUCAGCAUGUCAACAGUCAGGCCUUUUUCUCUUCCUUGUCCUCAUUUUCAGUCACACAUUCUUGCCUGUUCUUUCAUUUUUGUGUCCUUUUUUUUUUUUUUUGCUUCUUUGUACAUACAUGUACAGUAUGUGGUCUGGCCAAGUAAGGGGUAGCUGUCAAGCUCAGCCCUUUAAGUGUGCAUGUGUGAGAGUGUGUGCAUGAAUUUACCUGUAAUUGUAUGUUUGUAUAUGACACACCUUUGCCUUACAGGUGACUACACAGCAGCAGGCUAGGAGCCAAAGGAGAAAGGUGUUUAAAAAAAAAAAAAAAAAGUGGCGUAUUCCCAAGCCUUAGACACACACACCCAUCAGCUCAAAGAGAGAAAUGGUGGAAGAUCUGAAGAGGGAUGUGCAGUAUUUCAGCCACCCUGCCUUAAUUCAUAGAUACCGUUCAGAGGAUUAUGUUUCUAGAUCAGGCAUGAUUGUGAAAGUACAAGGAAGUUCAGAGUGCAUAUACGUCUGGUGCAAGUGUGCCCAUUAUUGUUCUUUCAGCAUCAAGAUAAUGUCACAUUUUGUUUCUGUUUUUUGUGUCAGUGUUGUAGUUGAGUCACUAAACCUCAAGUCUGAGUCCAGUCUCGAGUCCCUGGAGUUGGUCUGAGUCAAGUCCAAGUCACCAACGAAUAAUCUGAGUCAAGUCCCCAUUACCCGAGUCAAAGUCAUCAAGGUCUACACUAUACACAAUUUACACAGCGCUCAGCAUUUUAUAUUCCAAACUUUCUAACAGUGUAUUGCUCAGCAGUUUGAUACAUAAAAAUCAUUUAGAGAAAGGCGGUUGAUGGAAAUGUGCCAGAUACAGCAUGGUGCGGGUGAAUGAGUCUCAAUAUCUCAUGCCAAAUUAUUGUGGCCUAUUAAAAAAAAAAAAAGAAAAGUUUGAGUCCUCGUUUCCAAAUUCUGAGUCCGAAUGCAGUCUGAGUCAUCAGUGCUCAAGACCAAGUUGAGUCACAAGCCCUGAAAAUCUGGACUUGAAGCUGACUCAAGUCCAAGUCCUGGACCUGAGUACUACAGCAUGUUGCAUCGUUCUGCUACUUACUGAUCUGUUCUUCUGGUUGUUUCUUGUCCUCCUUUCCAAACAUCAUUCAUCACAAACUGUAUCAUGAUGCUUUUCACCCUUCCUGGACAAUGGCCAUGCUGUACUCACUCCUGCCUCCAUGUGGCUGUGUAGAGUAGAGAGCAGCAGUCUUUAUUUAUGGAUGCCCUAAAUGACUUGCUAUUGCUCACUAUUGCAUCGUGCUUGUGUGUUUGCCGCCAUGCUCUGUGUAAUGCAAAAGGUAAUGUAAGAAUGCUACUGUCAUGUUCUCAAAGGAGGAUUUCCCUGUGUUGCAUUAAUCCGUGGGUUUUUCUGUACUGUUCGAAAAAUAUCGAUGGCUGUGACUGCUGUGUGUGGAUGUAACUAAAGACCUUUGGUGUAUAUUGUAUGAGAAGAGGUGUUAUAUAGUCUGUUGUGCGGUAAGCAGGAGGGAGACUUGAACCGGCGAUGUCACAAUCAAAAUGUUGUACUGUUUUGUCCAUUGUGUCCUCCAGCUGGAGAUUGUAGCUCCUAAUGGAUGAACCUCUUUUCUGCAUUUCUAUCAUCUGAAGUGCUCACAUCUGUCACACUACAUAGUGACAGUCAGUGAAGUCUUGAAUGUCACCUUCUGAAACAUCUUUGUAUGUUUAAUUAUUUUCAUGCACAUCAUCGUCUGCCAACAUGUAUAAAUUUGAUAACAGAUGGUUUAUUGGUUUGGGUGGAGGGUUUGGGGGACCUGGCUGUGACCUCAGUUGUUUUAAACGAAGGGCCUUGGUGCUUGUUAUGAAGUGACCCACCUCACUGUGUUGUUGCCAUGCUGUAUCUACAUGUCACAUACCAGUCCUCCUACAAUAAUGCUAUAGAGUCUAUUAUGCUUUCAUAAUGGGGAUUUUUUUUUUUGGCAGUCAGGUUUUUAGCUGUCCUCCACAGUUCAUUUUUCCACUUAUUGUUUUUGUGUUGUCUGUUGUGAAUGUUUGCUUUGCUACUUUUGUAUUCCAGAGAGAAGACUAUAUUUUAACUCUGUUAGAAUGUGUGUUCAGGUUUGUAAUCAAAAUGAGAGCAACAUAUACAUUAUUCAGUAGAGAUUUACCAAUAGGUCUACACACUGCACUUUGUUCUACAACAGAUCAGUUUUCCCGUAAAAAACAAGGUCUAUUGUCUGUCUGCUGGGGUUUAUACUGUAAGCGUUCACUCUUCCUCACAGUUUAUUUUUCUAAAAAAAACAAACAAACAAACAAAAGAUUGUAGUGGGUGAGAAAAAAGUGACCAAAUAACUUGACUAGGAAUGAGCUGUCUCUGUCAGCCUCUGUCUCAGAUGGGUUUAUUGCACCGAGCCUUCUUCUGCUGACCAGAACGUCAAAACGCUUUUCUGUCAGCACAACAGCAGGUGCUCAUCUUGUCACUCGUGAGCCUGGCAAAGGUAUGAAAUGUCGACUGUCUGUGCUGUGAACAGCACACUUCAUAUCAUAGCUUCAGUACAGCACUGUUUGUAUUACUAAACAGG